AUGACUACUCAAGAUACCAUAUUAAAAAAUAUGCAGAAUCUGAUAAGACAAGAUGAUACUAAUUUUGAAUUAAUGUUUGUAAAUUUUCAAAAUAACAUGCAAAAUUUUAUUAAUAAUCGACUUGGACAAGAAAGAGAAACUAUACAAAGAUUAUUCGAAAGAUUAAAUCAAAUUCAACAAAGAAAUCCAAGAAGAAUAACUGUAAAUCAUAGAAGAACACAAAGAUUCUUAAAUGGAUCUCCAAGAAUAGGAAGAUCAUCUAUUAAUCUAAAACGACAAAGAUUAAUCGGAUCAUUACAAAGACAAAUAGAAAAUGAAGAUAAUUUUAUGAAUUCUGAUAUUAUAAAUAAUUUUAUAAAUAAUAUUAGAAAUAAUCCAAAUACUGAAAAUCAACUAAUAAGAUAUAAUAAUUUUAUAACAAAUAUUCCAAAUGAAAUAGAAGAUAAUUUUAUGAGUGGAUUAGGAAUACAUUCUAAUGUAGAUAAUAUUUAUUUAGGAGAAGCUAUAAUAGAACCUAGAAGUGGAAGUGGAUCCUCAUUAACAUUUAAAAAAGAUCCUAUUCUAAGUAAAAGAAAAACACGUGAAAAUUAUAAUAGUGACAGUGAUUCUGAUGAUCAUACUAAUAAAAUACGAAAAAAUACAGAAAUUAUACAAGAAAAUCAAAUUAUCGAAUCAAAUUCUUUUCAAACUGAUUUUAUUUCAGAU